AUGAACUUCAUCCACAGCACCCUCGACCGAGUCCGCGAGUGGGCACCCGUCUCCCAUACCUCGACCUUCCGACAGAAUGGCCAAAUCACUCCCGAAGAGUUUGUUGCCGCAGGCGACUACCUAGUCUACAAGUUCCCAACGUGGUCCUGGGCCGAUGCGUCGCCGGUCUCGAAGCGCGCGUCGUAUCUGCCUGCGGGCAAGCAGUUCCUUGUCACUCGCGGUGUUCCAUGCCACCGCAGACUCGACGAUAACUUUGCUGGCGACGCCGGUCAUGACGAGACGGUGGUGGGCGACGGAGAGGACUUCAGGAUCACGGAUGGACACUCACCGGGCGAUGAUGAGGAUGGGUGGUUGAGGACCGGUGGCCUGGCUGCGAGUCAGGAGGCGCGAGCGAGAGAUGUUAGGACUGUGGACGAUAGUGGGAAUAUGGGAGAGAGGGAAGACGAUGAUGAUGAGAUUCCGGAUAUGGAGGACGAGGAAGAUGACGAGGAGGCUAUCAUUCGCGAUCCUAAGGCAGAUGGUGCGGAAUCGUCGAGACGAACAUACACCCUUUACAUCGCAUAUACCCCCUACUACCGUACCCCGCGCCUCUACCUCUCCGGCUACCUCUCCAAUUCUCAACCCCUCCCACCCCAGCUCAUGAUGGAAGACAUCGUAGGCGACUACAAAGACAAGACCGUCACCCUGGAAGACUUUCCCUACUUCAGUAACAAUAUCAAGAUGGCCUCCGUACACCCUUGCAAACACGCAAGCGUGAUGAAGACGCUCCUUGACCGCGCCGACGCCGCCCUCAAGAUCCGCCGCGAGAAACUCAAGCAAGGCAAGAUCCUGCCCGGGGCAAAGGACGCUGGUAUGGAAGGCCUGGUGGAUGAUUUCACCAAGACGAGUUUAGGAGUCGAGGAUAAGAAGGCUGUUUUGGAGGGGGCGAAGGCUGGUGGGAACGGGAAUGAUGAGUGGGAGGUAUUGCAGCAUGAUGUGGAGGCUUCCGACGAGGAGGUUGCUAUUCGGGUGGAUCAGUACCUGGUUGUAUUCUUGAAGUUCAUGGCAAGUGUCACGCCAGGCAUCGAGCACGACUUCACCAUGGGAGUCUGA